AUGGUAGAUGGGAGUGGCGCAGACAUCGAGGCGGCGGGGCUCGUCAACACUCUUCAAGGACACGUCGAUGGAAUCCGGAAUUUGAUACACUGUGGGAUUUGCAUCCGGCCCCUGUACGAGCCGUUCACCCUUGCCUGCGUGCUUGACAUCAUGGUUUUCCGGGGGAAGUCAAAAAGAACAUGUCCCGAUUGUCGAGCGCCUGUGAAAACCCAGCCUGCGCCGGCGUAUCUGGUUCGUGCCAUCGUACAGCUGUUUACUAGUCGCGCGGAACUUUUGGAUAAAGGCGAGACCACUGCGGAGCAUACGAAAAACCAGCGCGAAGAGGCGGAACGGCUAGAAAAGGACAAGGCAAACCUCCAUCCAAGCACGGGUGGUUUGUUUGGGGGGCUUUUUAAGCCGAAGAUUGCCCAACCCAGGCCUUUAAUGGACCCAGAAGACGGGGUGGUCCGUUGUCCGAAUUGUCAGUGGGAGCUCUCGGAAAGCGACGAGUGCGAGGGAUGUGGCUAUGUAUAUCAGGCGGAGUCAGAAGACACGGACUACAGCGAUUCGGACUUCAGUGAUACAGAUCUGAGCAGCCUUACUAGGAGAGUCGAAGGUCAUGACAGAGAUUUCGAAGAUAUGGAACCCCAGGCUGGUAUGCUGUGGGGUGUGCCGGCAGGGAGCAGGGCUCUCCAAGAUUUUCUGGGGUAUCCGUCACAAUCGUUCGAUUUUUACCCUCCCAUGGGUUUUCCCAGUGGUGACUAUGACGAAGAAGAAGAGGAAGAUGACGAUGACUAUGAUGAUAUGGACUCAUUCAUUGACGAUGAGCAAGAGGACGGAGAGCCUGAAUCGCAAUCAGAUCACUCCACUGUGGUGGGAGGCGCUCGGCGUAAUAGGACCCAUCCUACGUUCGCGCCCGCUUAUGUCGAUACGGACGAUUCCGAUGAUGAAGUGGAGGAAAUUGACGGUCAUCACUCGGACAGUGACGCUGAAUCAUCAUCGUCCGCGGAAUCCAAUAGCACUGCACCCCACGGCACGAGAUCAUCUCCAAUGGAAUCCUCCGGGCCUGAGGUCCCAGACAACUCUUCUUUUCUGGUGCCCGGCUACCGCUAUGCACGCUCCACCGUCAGUCCCGUAAGUGGCGACGACAGCGAAUCGAUGGAUUCCAGCUCGCCUCCGAGACCCAUGGGCCGCCUUCGGGAUACAGGAUCCAAUGCUCGUAACGCGAUUACCAUCGAUGAUUCCGAAGAAGACGACCAACCCAUUGCGCCUGUGAGAAGAAGACCUCAACGGCGCUAUGCCCGAUACUCCCCAUACUAG